CACACAAUCACUUUACACUACCUCUAAAAUUGUUUAAUAAUUUAAUAGAACAUGUUUCUCAGCCCAUUGCCCCAAUGGCUCCUGUUGUGGCUGGGGCUGGGCUCAUUGCUGCAGCAGUUCAGGCCCACCAAAGGCGUCUGCUGCCCCUCCCGAGUUAUCGCCUUCCAGUUGAUCGAUCGGGAAGAUGAAUGCCGGCUAUACGGCGCCAAGCAGUCGCAGUUUGGAAUGUGCACGAUGUCCAUUUGCGAUGACGGCACUGCCGUCCAGGGCACCUACUGCGGCCAGGGUCCGUGCAACAUCUUCGGCUGCAAUUGCGAAAACGGCUGCCGCAAGGGCAACCCAUUGCAGAUAUUUCAGGACUACUACGGCGAUUAUCACAUACGUCAAGUGCACUUUGUUUAGUCGAAGAAGAACUGAUGCGAUAGGCUUGGUAGCAACUACUCAUAUAUAAAUUUCAGAA